AUGGGUAGCAGACGUUACGACAGUCGUACGACUAUUUUUUCUCCUGAAGGUAGACUUUAUCAAGUUGAAUACGCCCAGGAAGCUAUUUCCCACGCAGGUACAGCUAUUGGAAUUCUUGCUCGUGAUGGAAUUGUUCUUGCUGCAGAAAACAAGGUGGCUUCCAAACUGCUGGAGCAAGAUAUUUCUGCCGAAAAGAUGUACACUCUGAAUGAUCAUAUGGUGUGCUCAGUUGCUGGUAUCACUUCCGAUGCAAGUAUACUUAUUCAGUAUGCGCGACAGUUUGCGCAGUCCUAUUUGCGCACUUACAAUGAAAAUGUGCCAUGUGAGCAAUUGGUGCGGCGGCUUUCGGAUACUAAGCAGGCUUACACGCAACAUGGAGGUUUGCGUCCAUACGGUGUGUCGUUCCUUUAUGCCGGAUGGGAUGAGGUCAAUGGAUAUCAACUUUUCAUGUCGAAUCCCUCAGGCAAUUACUCGGGUUGGAAGGCAGCUUCCAUUGGAAACAACAAUUCAACUGCACAAACAGUUCUUAAGCAAGAGUACAAGGAAGAUUUGUCACUUAAGGAGGCUGUUGAUCUUGCAAUCAAAGUCUUGUCGAAAACUAUGGACAGCUCAACUCUUUCUUCUGAAAAGAUUGAAUUUGCCACACUUGGAAAAUCUUCUCAUGACCCUGAGAAGAUUGUCCACAAGAUUUGGACACCCGUAGAAAUUGACGCUCUACUUGAGGAGCUGGGUCUGGCCAAGCCCAAGGAGGAUGAUGAAUAA